AUAGUCUUGCAAAGCGGCCGAAUCGCGACGUUUUCGAGUGCUAAAACUCGAAAAUCCAGCUCUCUCGCUCACACGCUUGGCAGCCGUCGCUCGGUCAACACGGUCGACGUUUCAGUGGGCGGACGAAGCAUCGAAAUUCGCGGCGGCACAGCAGCACACGUGCUCUCGCACGACUUGUAUAUUUGUGAUCGAGGCGACGGAUAAACGACGCUGACGGCUGCGGCCGCAUACGUCGAUUCUGCUACUCCGUUCUAGUAGUGAUCAUUUUGUGUUGUUUACUGUGCUGACGUAAAAAAAUUACGCACCCAGUCAUAAUAGAAAUAAUCUAUCGAUUGAGUCAUGUGAAUUCAGUGCUGAUAAAGAAACUACGACCAAUUCCUAAGAUAUAUACGUUCACGCCCGCACACGCAAAUAAAUAAGUGUCUAGCCAACAACCGCAAUAUAAAAUUUAAAACUCGUUCAUCAAGGAUGGAUAUGGAGUCAUGCCAGAGUUUUGACAAAACUGAUUAUUCCAACGACUAUUUUCGAAAUUUCGAGGACCAUGGAGAAGAUCAUCUGCUGCUCGACAUGGACAGCUACGCCUCGUCGCACGGAAAUCCCAAUUUGCCAAUGAAAAGUGCCUUUGGAGACAACGAGAGCCAACAAGAGCUAACGGAUUGGUUGACGACGCCGGUCGAGCACUGGACCGAGCGCAUGACCAAAACUUGGCUCUCUCUUGCGGCCUCGUACUUCAACGUGCAGCCGAGCUUCGAAGCGGAGAUCCAGAAGAAAUUCACCUUCGCCGGCAAAGAUCUGCUAGCCAUGCGACGGGAACAUUUCUUGGCCAUAGACUCGCGCUAUGGCGAAAUGAUCCACAAUAUGCUGCACAAUCAGUUCGGCGACGCCACCGCCAAUGUCGUGAACGUGGCCGGUGCGCACAUUUACAAUCAACACAGCUAUCCCGAGCAUCAACAGCUCCUGCCCAUUGCUCGCCCUCAAGAAAUCAACAAUAAUAAUAAUAGCAAUAAUAACUUUAACAAGCUCGACGACGAUAAAGAAGCUUUGAUCGUUCAGGCCUCUGAUGUUGAAUCAGAUAAUAGUUUAGAAGCAUCGGAACAUCGAAAAAGACCGCCUGGUAGACCAAAAAUCUUGAAAAGUGGAAUAAAAAAAAAACAAACAAAAAGUCAAGGGAAAUUAUGGGAAUUUAUUCGAGAUUUGCUGCGCAAUAAAAAGACGUGUCCCAGUCUCAUAUGUUGGGAAGACUACAGUGAAGCUAAAUUCCGAUUCGUUCGAAGUGAUGAAGUAGCUAAACUGUGGGGCUCCCGAAAGGGUAAUCAUAAAAUGACUUACGAAAAGCUCAGUCGCGCUAUGAGGUACUAUUACAAGAGAGAAAUUUUUCUUCCUGUUCUCGGACGUAGAUUAGUUUAUAAAUUUGGACCGAAGGCCACCGGCUGGCAAGUCGACAAUCCAAAUUUCCGAAGAUCUCUCGGUAUGAGCGAACAAGACGAAUAAAUGCGAGAAUAAUUAUGUGCAAUGUAAAAAAAAGACUGAAAACUCAAUUUUCAUCCAAAAAUAAAGUACGUCCUGUCUCAGAUUAAAAAAAAGUAGAUCAUGUUCAUAAAUCAAUUGUCAUUGUUUCGACGGGUCCAUCUCAUUUACUGUGUCGAAAAAUGAUCAAAGCUUGUAUUUCAUGAUUUUUUAUUCUGUGACCUAUACAGUAUACAUAAGCAUUACAAUAAAAUAUAUGCGUAUAUUUAUGUAUAAGCGUACGUGUGUGAAAAGCAUCGAGUUAAUAUGAUAGAUAUUAUAUUUAGCGAAAUUUUUAUGCAUGAUCUUGUUAUCAUUAGUAACUUUGUAAAUUGUACAGAACAGUAUGUGUAUUUUCAGGUACAUAUUAUAUUUACUCGCGAUAUUUAUUGAUACGUCAUAAAUUGUUUUACGUUUUAAAAAACGUAAAUAAAUUAUUUUACGUUUUAAACUUAUGAUCUUUAAAUUAUAAGAUUUCUAAUUUGAUAAGUGUACAUUUUUUUGAAUUCAUUCAUGAUCACUGUUUAGUUGAGCAUUGUAUGAGUUUGAGUCUUGAACUCUUGAUUUUUUUAAAAUAAAGUACUUAACAAAUGUUCAAGUUGUAAAAUUGAAUUUUGACAAAAAUCAUGGACGAAAACCAUUAAUAUGUAUAUUGUGACUGUUAAAAAACUAAUGAGUUACAACAGUUUAAAUUGAUGAUUGUAAUUAUUGGUAGAAUUGCAAUAAAUUUCUUAAAAUAAA